AUGGAUCAAGAAGAUAUACAAUUGAUGGAUCCUAAUCCAUGUAAGAAAGUAGAGUUCAAUGCUCAUGCUCCAGAGUUAGAGAUAUGUUCUUCCGACAGAGCAGAUACUGCUGAUGAAAUCUUCAGAUUUCAGAAAAGAAACGAGAAGUCCAGCCAUCUGACUGAUAUUGAGUGCAAUGGCACUUCGGCUGAGGCUGGUAGUGAUGGAGUGGCCAUGGCAGAUUUGCAGUUGACUAAAACCAAGGACCAUGAGUGUCCUAUAUGCUUCAAGGUUUUCUCCACAGGCCAAGCUCUAGGUGGUCACAAGAGGGCACAUUAUGCUGGUUUUAGUGAGAGCAGAAUUAAGGAGAUGACAGCUGCAAAUCAGGAGCUUCGUGAUAUUCAGAAUGUCUUUGAUCUGAAUCUCCCAGUAAUCACUUCAUCCAGGGGCCAGAGAUGA